GUCUCUCUCUUGUUCCCCUGCCACGACCACAAUGGCCAGCGCUCUCCCCAUCAAGACUCUUGACAAAAGUGGCAAUGAAAUCACCUCUGUGGGUUUCAAGCGCUUCGGCUUCGAUAGCGAGGUCAAGAUCGACAUCCUUCGCUCGUUGUACCUACGGCCACACUAUGCCGUUUCUACCUUGAAAUCCGCAGAUAUUGAUGAUGAAGCUCAAGAAACAACUCAUCAUGCUGUGUUCACUCAAGGACACUCAGCAUACCAGUCAAAAUCCAUUUUUCAUCCUGACACGAACUCGAUUUCUUACACCACCCUCUCUCGAUUCCCUCCUGUUACUCUUCUCCCCCCAUCUGCGAGGAAACGCAUUUUGGUGACUGGAGGUGCCGGCUUCGUUGGUUCCCAUCUUGUGGACCGUCUCAUGCUCUUGGGGCACGAAGUCACUGUCAUUGACAAUUUUUUCACGGGUUCUAAGACGACCGUCAGCCACUGGGUUGGACAUCCCAACUUUGAGCUGGUCCGCCACGAUGUCGUCGAACCUUUUAUGAUUGAGUGUGAUCAAAUAUAUCAUCUUGCAUGCCCUGCUUCACCGCCCCACUAUCAGUUCAAUGCGGUCAAAACGAUCAAAACGUCCUUCAUGGGUACUUUAAACAUGCUUGGACUGGCGAAGCGCACUAAAGCUCGCUUCCUCAUUUCGAGUACUUCUGAGGUCUACGGCGACCCUGAGGUUCAUCCCCAAAAUGAGGAAUAUUGGGGCCACGUCAAUCCCAUUGGGCCUCGUGCCUGUUAUGAUGAGGGGAAGCGCGUUGCCGAAACCCUGACCUAUGGAUUCCAACGUCAAGACGGCGUCAAUGUUCGCGUCGCCCGUAUCUUCAAUACAUACGGCCCUAGAAUGAAUCCGUACGAUGGUCGUGUUGUCUCAAACUUCAUCGUCCAGGCCUUGAAGGGCGAAGACAUGACUGUUUAUGGCGACGGCAAACAAACCCGCUCGUUCCAAUACAUUCAUGACCUCAUUGAUGGUCUCAUUGCGCUUAUGAACUCGGACGAGUCCCGGCCCGUUAACAUUGGCAAUGGAGAUGAGUUCACCAUCGGCGAGUUUGCUGAACUUGUUCGGGACGUUGUCGAAAAGGUGCAAGACGAAGAUGGUGACAAGCGCUCCAGGCGCGUCGAUAUCGUCUAUAAGCCUAUCCCCACCGAUGAUCCUCAAAAGCGAAGGCCUGAUACCACCAGAGCCAAGGAAACCCUUGAUUGGCAACCGAAAUGGACUGUCCGCAUGGGUUUGGAGGAGAUGGUUAGGUAUUACAAGGCAAAAAUGGCCGAGGGCAGUCUUUAGAGUCGAACUUUUUUGCUAUCACAAAUCGAACUUUGCAAGUAAACCUCUAUCCACUGUUGUUGUACACUCAUAGACGGACGGACUAUAUACAAGUUGUGGUUUCGAUACAGUUUGGGAAUAAAGAAAUAUAAGGUUACGUUCAAAAAAA